AUGGCGCUGGCACGUUAUAAAGAGCCCUACUUUGGGCUUAAGGGAAAAUGGCUGACUUUCUGGAUUACGUUCGCAUGCGCGACGGACAUGACCCUGUUUGGCUAUGAUCAAGGUGUUUUCAGCGGCGUUGUCAUCUCUCAAGACUACCUCGACGUACACGACUUGAACGGCGCAGAGAAAACCAGCGUCCUAUCUAUCAUCACGUCAAUCUACACCAUCGGCUGCUUCUUCGGUGCGAUCACUGCCUUCUACAUCGGCGAGGUGAUAGGGCGCAAGAAGACCGUCCUGGUGGGCACCGCGAUCAUGACCGUUGGCGCGAUUCUUCAGACGAGUUCGUUCAGCGUGCCGCACAUAAUUAUCGCCCGUGUUGUCACCGGGAUUGGGAAUGGAAUCAACACUGCAACAGCGCCGGUUUGGCAGACGGAGACCUCCAAAGUACACAACAGAGGAUAUCUGGUUAUGCUAGAGAUGGGUUUGAACAUCUUUGGUUUCUCGUUGAGUAAUUGGAUAAAUUAUGGAAUGUCUUUCGUUGGGGGCUCUGUAGGGUGGCGGUUCCCCCUAUCUCUCCAACUCAUCUUCUGCUUCAUUCUCUUCUGCACGGUCCCGUGGUUGCCAGAAUCACCCAGAUGGCUGCUUGCUCAUGGGCACGAAACCGAAGCCAGUAAAAUAUUGGCCGACUUGGAAGAUAAGCCGGUUGACGAUCCGUACGUUGUCGCCGAGCGAGAAGAGAUCGUAUACAGUAUCGAGUAUGAACGUCAGAAUGCCAUCAAAUGGAGUGAUCUCUUCCGCGGACGUACUAAGGCUGGGACUAAGACUGUUCGACGAUUGCUUCUUGGCGCUGGCACGCAAGCCAUGCAACAAUUUGGUGGCAUCAAUAUCAUGUCGUAUUACCUCCCGACCGUGUUAAUCCAGUCCGUUGGACUCGACGAAAGUAUGGCUCGCCUCAUCGCAGCCUGCGCAUCGGUUGCCUAUCUUAUCGCGUCUUUAAUCGCAGCGCCGCUAGUGGAAAAGGUUGGCCGCCGCAUCAUGAUGAUAGUAUCCACAGCAGUUCAGCUAUUCUGCUUCUUGCUCGUGACUAUCUUGCUCUACUAUGCGGAGAGCCCCGGGUAUGCUCACAAGAUUGAAGUGGCCAAGGCUUCUGUCGUGUGGUUCAUCCUUUACUACAUGGGGUUCGGCUUGGGAAUGCUGGGUAUUCCGUGGCUGUACCCGACCGAGAUUAAUUCGCUUCCUAUGCGAACCAAGGGUGCUGCGGUAGCAACCAUGACAAACUGGAUCACCAACUUUGUCGUCGUCGAAGUGACGCCAAUUGGAAUCCAACAACUUGGCUGGAAGUUCUAUAUCAUCUGGACAGUGAUGAAUGCUGUCUUCUUACCCAUAAUCUGGCUGUUCUACCCCGAGACAGCCAACCGCUCCUUAGAGGACCUAGAUGCGUACUACCGAGACAACCCGCCCCUAUUCCUCCAUAGCGACCGGGACUCCACCUCGGUAAGUCGACCCGAGAGGUUUAUCCGUGCGCAGGGUCGCGAUAUCGAGCAGGCGGCAGAGAAUCUGAGGCGGCGAUCUAUUCUCGUCCACGAUGAAGGGAAGGAGAAAUCGCUCAGCGAGUGA